AACUUUUCACUUUGCGUGUUAGUAUCUAACAAAACGUUCGUGCCAAUGUGAAUUCAAACAAAGAAAAAUAUUACGAAUAUUUAUAAGUUUCUAGUGCUGAUAGAAAAAUGCCCGGCAAUAAGAGAAAUACAACUAAGAAGAAAUCGUCGCAACGAACACAUCAUUUAAAUACUGGUUUGCGGCAACUCUCUUUGGCCAACGACACGGAAAAGAAUGAAGAAAUUUUAUUACCGCAAUCCGAUAAAUACCGAAUCACUUAUUCCGAUCGAUAUGGUCGUUAUUUAUUGGCGAAACGUAAUCUACCAGCGGGAGAAUUAUUAAUUACCGAAAAACCUUUAGUCGUGGGGCCGUGUGCUUCAGGAGAACCGGUUUGUUUAGGUUGCUAUAAACCGGUUACACUUACAACUUUACAGUAUAGAUGUCCUAACUGUAAAUGGCCAUUGUGUGGUAAAGAAUGUCCAGGCGUCCAUCAACCUUACGGUCAUAGUGCUUGUGAGUGUGAACUUUUGAAACGUGAGAAUACCGGUCAACGUUUGCAUACAAUUACUCCUGCCGAUAAAAUCAAAAAUCUUUAUGAAUUAGUUGCUAUAGUAAGAAUUCUGCUAAUGAAAAUUCACGAAACUGAUCAAUAUCAACGAAUUCGAUUAAUGGAAUCCCACUUGGAAAUGCGAAAACAAAAUUCAGAUCUAUGGCAACAUUAUGAAGAGAAUAUUGUUCAAGAAUUAAGAGAGAGAUGGCAUUUAUCGAAUGACUUCACAGCAGAAGAAAUUCAUACCGUAUGCGGUAUAGUGGAUGUAAAUUGUUUUGAAAUUGGUCAAAAUUCCGCCAAGGCACGUGCAUUAUAUCCUGGGGCGUUUCUAUUGGCACACGAUUGCUGCCCAAACACCGCACAUACAGAUAAUCCUGACACAUACGAGAUUAUUUUACGCACCUCACGAGGUAUUAAAAAAAAUGAAUCGAUUACUUUGAGUUAUGCUUAUACGUUGCAGGGUACAUUGAAACGUCGCGAUUUCAUACAAAAAAGUAAAUUGUUUUGGUGUUGCUGUCAACGGUGCACUGAUCCCUAUGAGUUGGGUACCGAUUGCAGUGCUCUGACCUGCAGUUCUUGCCAAAGAGGAUUAUUAAGGUCAAGUAAUCCUCUGGUACAAGAAGCUGAAUGGAGGUGUGAUAAAUGUGAUUUUAUCAUGAACUCUCAGGACGUGGUACAAUUAUUAGAAAAACUAAAUAACAUUUUAGAUAGUAUCGAUGUUCACGAUGUGCAGGGUCUUGAGAACUUUAUGAAACGCUAUUCGGUCCUGUUAGGCUCCAAUCACUAUCUGUUGCUGUACGUGAAAUACACAUUAUGUCAAAUUUAUGGACGUAUUGAAGGUUACCUAUUAUCGGAUAUGUCUCUUGAAGAUUUAAAGCGUAAAGAGAAAUAUUGUCGUGAAUUUUUACAAGUAGCAGACAUACUUCAACCGGGUCUAAGCAAACUACGAGGACUAAUUAUGUAUGAAUUACAUGCUCCCAUUAUGAUGAUCUCUCAGCAUCUAUGCAGCCAGCAUCUAAUAACACGUAAAGAUUUUAAUAAACGUUUAAGAGAAGUCAUCGAACUGCUCAAGGAAAGCAGUUUAAUAUUGCAAAUGGAACCGAAAGGAUCGAACGAUUAUCAAAUGGGCUUGGCUGCUGAAGAAGGCUUAAAGCAACUAGAAGGCAAUUAA